CUUCCUUCCCUCUUUCCUGCUCCUCCCCAACCCCCAUGCUAACCACUUGAAGGACCGUUCUCUGGCACAACAUUAAGGCGGGCCCCCGGUGCCUUGUGUGUGCGUGUGUGCUGCAGUCCUGCCAUCCGCGCGCGGUGAUAAGUGGCCAGGUUACACGGAGUGCCGACUUAAACGCAUCAAACGCACACGGAUAAACACGCGCGCGCACGUUCAUGCACAGGUCGUGUACGCACAUCCACACGCAGAGGAACACACGCACAGCGGCACGCAUCAACAACACUCCGAAAGGGGGUCGUCGAGAGAAUUCCGCUGGCGUGCAAGGGGUCUGUCUUCUCAAGCCGUCUCGCCAAUCACUCGCCAUGGCGUGUGGAAGCCCGCAGCAGGGCGGCGCCAAGGCCACUCAGCUGUCGCCCAGGGCCAGCGCCUUCUCCAUCGCUGCGCUCAUGGCCAGGAGUCCGGCGGGCAGCAGGGGCGGCCGCGACGCAGCCACGCGCGGCACCAUCGCAGCCCACGAGAAGUUCGUGGAGGCUUCGCCGCGGCGGGACGAGGAGGACGAGGAGGGCGACGACGGCGUCACGUCGUCCGUGGCUGACCCGGCGGGGGUAGUGGACGUCCCGACGAGGAGCAGGGGCGGCCCAGCGGCGGUGGCGGCGACGGCGGUGCCGGGGAUGGAGGCUCUGAUCCGCCCGGGGGGGUCGCCGGCUCCCAGCGCGGAGCUGGCGAGCGUCACCUGCGCCCUGGAGACCAAGGAGCUGUGGGAGAAGUUCCACGAACUCGGCACCGAAAUGAUCAUCACAAAAUCCGGCCGGCGCAUGUUCCCCACGAUCCGCGUGUCGUUCGGAGGAGUGGAGCCCGACGCGAAGUACAUCGUGCUCAUGGACAUCGUGCCCGUGGACAACAAGCGCUACCGCUACGCGUACCACCGCUCCUCCUGGCUCGUGGCGGGCAAGGCCGACCCUCCGCUACCCGCAAGGCUCUACGUGCACCCGGACUCGCCGUUCGCCGGCGAGCAGCUGCACAAGCAGAUGGUCUCGUUCGAGAAGCUCAAGCUCACCAACAACGAGCUGGACCAGCACGGCCACAUAAUCCUCAACUCCAUGCACAAGUACCAACCGCGCGUGCACAUCAUCAAGAAGAUGGACCACACCUCGUCCCUCGUCAACCUCAAGUCGGAGGAGUUCCGCACAUUCGUGUUUCCAGAAACUGUCUUCACGGCCGUCACCGCCUACCAGAAUCAGCUGAUAACGAAACUCAAAAUCGACAGCAACCCAUUCGCCAAGGGAUUUCGUGACUCAUCUCGUCUCAGCGACCUGGAAAGCAGCGUGUACCUGGAGCGCGCGUGUGCGGGAGGCCCGGGCCGGGAGAGCGUCGACAGCCUCAUCCAGAAGCACACGUACGCACGCUCGCCCGUGCGCCCCUACUCCACCAGCGGCGGCGGCGACGACGACCUGGACGACGCGCAGUGCGGCGCACCUCCACGCGGCUCGGCCUUCACCUCCACGGCGGGGCUGGCUCUGGGUGGGGCGUGGGUGUCCCACGCCUUCUCUCCGUCCGGCGCGCCCAUCGCGGCGCCCCUGCCCGGCCGCCCGGACCGCGUCUCUCCAUCGUGCGCCCCUUCCUCCUCUUCCUCCUCCUCCUCGUCCUCCUCGUCGUCCUCCUCCGCCUGCUCCACCUCCUCCUCCAUCUCCCCGUCCGCCUCCUCGGUGCACGCCGCGGCGGCGGCGGCGCACGCCUACGCGCGGCUCGGCGGCCUACAGGCGCACGGUGCCGGCGUGCACGGCCCGGCCCUCUCGGCCUUCCACCUGCAACGCUACCACCACUACUUCCAGCAGGGACCGUACGCCGCCGCCAUGCAGGGCAUGCGGCACCACUCGGCCGUGAUGACGCACUUCGUAUGAGCGCCGACCGCACGCCGCGACGACGUUUGUUUGUUUUGGGGUUGUUGUUGUUGUUGUUUUUACUGCGGCCGGUGACGGUAGUGGGAAGUCCGCUUGUCACCGGCGCUGUUGCUGUUGUUGUUGUCACCGUUAUCGUAAUCGGGCCGCCGUCGUUGGCACUGCCGCCGAUCGUUGGCGUUGCUACUGCCAUGUUGUCCAUCGUCAGUGUCAGCGUGAUCGUUUCGUAACGAUUGUCAUAAUAUAAUUUUCCAUCAUAACUGCUGUUAUCGUGAUCGUCAUCAUCAUUUCAAUAAUUAUGGGCAUAAUCUCAAUCAUAAUUGGCAUUGUAAAGCUCCAAAUCAAGAUUGUAUUAAUCGUAAUGUAAUUAAAUAUCAUUACCGUCAACAUGUUAAUAAUAAUUUGCAUUGAUAUUAAUAUUAUCCCAAUAGUAUAUUCGGGUUAGCUCUAUGUAUAUAAUAGUAUAUUUAAUACAGCUAACCCGAAUAUAUACUGUACUUGGUUGGUAGAGCUGUGACAGCCGAAAGCAGAAAUUAUCCUCAUCACCAUGGUUUCGGUUAGAAUGAUCAGUCAUCAUAAUCAUCGUCGUCGUCAUCAUCGUCAGGUUUAAUUGUAAAGCCCCUUUUAAAAUACGCAUUGUCCAAGAGUCCCUCUUCGAUCUUGAGAAAUCAUAAUUUUAUUAUUGGACAUAUGUGAAAAAAAGCUUUAUAGCUCAUCGGAUUCCUCCAGUAUAAAUACAUUUUCUGAUUCUCACAUGCGAAAGAAGCCCAGCAAACACAUUCUAACAUUACAAAGCUCAGAUUCAAACAUCUUGGCAGUCGCCUAUAACUGGCUGUGGUAAUUACACUUAUGAAUAGAAGCAGGAAACAAACCCCACUUUAAACAUAGGUUGAAAUAUGUUUACUUAAUACUCCUCCCUGUUCCCUUGAUGCAUGAGUGUGUGUGCGCGCUGGUGUCCGUUUAUAGAACCUGGAAACUCAAAACACUCCACUCCCAACCUCUGUUCACACUCACUAAAUCCCAGAUCUAUUGAGCCGAGAUCCUUAUAAAGUAAAUAUAUAUAGAGAUACAGAUAACUAUGUAUACGCUGAUUUAAUUGUUAUUAAGUUUAAAUUAGAUAUCGAAAGAGUGUCUACACUGCCUGGCCAUGGCUCGAUGGCUCGGCAGGGUUGAGAAUGUUGUAAAACUGUGGUGACAAAAUUCGGCCAAAUGCAGCCGAAAGGGAAUGCAUCACUCAAAUCGAUGAGAAAUAAAACGACGUUCAUUAAAACACCACCGCUGGGAAAAUGUGUCACCGACUGCGCUCAAGAAAACGCUGCAGGCCCAUUGUGAUGUGUGGAAGCGGCUGCCGGUGUAGUUGUCCGUUCGUAUGUUGAACUUCUUUCGCACCCUACGUAGCCAACCGCGAUAAUCGGAGGUGCGGGGUAAGGACAACAAAGUAAACACAAAAAAGCUGUUCUAAAUACAUGUUUUCAAACUAGGUGAUUUAAAAGUGCAGAACUCCAGUGGCCUUUAUAAUAUUGGAAGGAGGAGCGUUCCAGACGGCCGCAGAAGCGCGUCUGAAAGCGCCGCGCGAUGCGGGGGCUGUCUUUCUUCGACGGCCAGCCAAAAGCCGCUGCUGCGAGGAUGACCGUUCGUUGGGGGGGGGGGGUUACGCUGAUGUACGUAGCCUUGUUUCUAACGCCGUGUGUAUAACGUGGCUUGUUUCAGUGCACGCUCAGCUCCCCUCUCUCGUCACCGCCGUGGCUGAUUGCGCGAUCACGAGCCGCGACGACUCUUAAAUGCUGUACCGUUCUUCAAGACUCGGCGGCAGAAAACUUGCCCCAAGCGCGACGCUCGAUUGCCCCGGGUGUCGGGAGUUCAGAUUCUGGUUGGAGGUCAAUGCAGCCCGACAUCGACAACACACAUCGACAACACACAUCGACAACCACACAUCGACAACCACACAUCGACAACACACAUCGACAACACACAUCGACAACACACAUCGAAAACACACAUCAACAAACACA